GUCCUGUGUCCUCUGUCUCCCUCGCUCUUCUCCUCUCCAGAGCUGCCCGCCUGCUCUGUUCUUUCGUCCCCUGCCUCACGCCCAGCCAAGAAUCGAUCCCGCCGUUGAGAAAAGGAAGCAGCUCUUCGCACGCAAAAGCUAUAAACCCCGAUCAAGAAAGCCGGUCGCUUGUCCGAAGAAGACGUCGUCGGUGAUUGGACGGGCGCGCCCUGAACUGGGAACUGCGGGGUUUCUUGGUUUGGGUGUCUGAAAGCUCUUCGGGCAUCGAUCGUCCGCUGAAAGGCUUGUGCUGCGGCAGAGAGGGGAGGAGGAAGGAGGAGGAGGUAUGGAUCGUUACGAGAUACUGAAAGGUAUUGGGUCGGGAAAUUUCGGGGUCGCCAAGCUCGUGAGGGACAGAUGGAGUGGCGAGCUCUUCGCUGUUAAAUACAUUGAAAGAGGCCAGAAGAUCGAUCAGCACGUGCAGAGGGAGAUUAUGAACCACCGGUCCCUUAAGCAUCCGAAUAUAAUUAGAUUUAAGGAGGUCUUGCUCACACCAACUCAUCUGGCCAUCGUCAUGGAAUAUGCUGCGGGUGGCGAAUUAUUUGAAAGAAUUUGUAAUGCCGGUAGAUUCAGCGAGGAUGAGGCAAGAUUUUUCUAUCAGCAGCUCAUAUCAGGAGUCAGUUACUGCCAUUCAAUGCAAAUUUGCCAUAGGGAUCUCAAGCUGGAAAACACUCUGCUUGAUGGGAGCACGGCACCGCGCCUUAAAAUAUGUGAUUUCGGCUACUCAAAGUCAUCAGUAUUGCAUUCUCAACCUAAAUCGACAGUGGGGACGCCGGCCUAUAUAGCACCUGAGGUUUUGUCGACAAAAGAAUAUGAUGGGAAGAUUGCAGAUGUUUGGUCUUGUGGGGUUACCUUGUAUGUCAUGCUGGUCGGGGCUUAUCCUUUCGAAGAUCCAGACGAUCCAAAGAACUUCAGAAAGACAAUUCAGAGAAUACUCAGCGUCCACUACUCAAUCCCGGAUUAUGUGCGUGUCUCCAUUGAAUGUAAACAUCUCCUGUCUCGAAUUUUCGUAGCCAACCCUGAAAAGAGAAUAACAAUACCUGAGAUUAAAAGGCAUCCAUGGUUCCUGAACAACUUGCCUGUGGAAUUCAUGGAGGAUGGGAAAGGCCUCUUGCAAACCGACGGACCGAACGAUUCAAAGCAGAGCGAGGAUGAAAUAUUGGCCAUAAUUCAGGAUGCGCGAAAACCGGCGGAAAUCCCGAAACUCAGUGGGAUUCUAGUCGGAGGGAGCAUGGAUCUCGAUGACUUGGAAACUGAUGCAGAUAUAGAUGAUAUCGAGACCAGCGGCGACUUUGUCUGUGCACUGUGACAGCAAUGCAACCAUAUUCAAUUACGAUCGGCUCACGAAAAAAAAAAAUCCGUAUUUUACUAGUGAGGCAUACAUAUAGUGGUCUUGGGUCGAUGUUAAUAGUCAUGAGGAAGCUGCUUUUGAAGGGACUGUGAGGGAAACACACUUGGGUUUGGGCUAAAGGGGUGGUUUGAUCCAAAAUAGUAGGCUAAUGCCGCCUCCUGGCUGUGUAAUUUAUGAAGCUGAAAAGAACACACUGAGGAGACUUUCUGUGAAGUUCAUGGACUAGUAAGAGGAUGCACAGUGUUACUUGAUUUCAUAAAGAAAGGAUAUUGAGAUGCAUUGAGCACGUAUAAAAUGUUUGGAACCUGAAGUUUUUCCUCUA